UUUCCCGCUUUCUCCAGACUGCUUUUGGUUAAAAAUGCGUCGGAGUUAUGCGCCCAGUCAAACGGGUACCAAACGUCCCAAUGGCACGUUCAAAAGCCCGUUAACGGAGGCUCCGAAGCGCCCUCGACGCUGCAAUGAAACAGAAAACAAGUCCCCGCCUGCGAAAAUGUCCCUAUCAGAUCACGAGGCGAUGAUCGCCAUGAUCCUCAAGCGUCCCUUCAAGGUGCCCAUCCCAGAUUACAUUCCGGACAGCUAUGGGAAUCGAAGUUUGGGCGUUAAGAGGAGUGUCAUCCGGCGCGCUCUGCACGAUCCCUUUGCCUGCAAUGCUCUGAUCAUGUUCACACCGGCUGAGCUGAGUCAGCACGAUAAGAUUCACGUGGACAAGAGCAAGAUCCUGGUCCAUGUGGUGGUGGAUCCGGUGCUGGGCAACAUCCUGCGACCGCAUCAACGCGAGGGCGUGAAGUUUAUGUACGAUUGCGUGACGGGCGCCAAAGGGGACUUUCACGGAUGCAUCAUGGCAGAUGAGAUGGGCCUGGGCAAGACGCUGCAGUGCAUCACACUAAUCUGGACACUGCUGCGUCAGAGCCCAGAAUGCAAGCCCACGAUCAGCAAGGCGAUCAUUGUGUGUCCCAGUUCUCUGGUGAAGAACUGGUACAAGGAGUUCGGGAAGUGGCUGGGCAGUCGCGUGAACUGCCACGCUGUGGACAAUAACUCCAAGGAGGAGACCAUCAAGAACCUGGAGCAGUUCAUGGCGAACAAAGCCGUGCGAUCGGGAACACCUGUGCUGAUCAUCAGCUAUGAGACUUUCCGGAUCUACAGCGCCAUCCUCAAUGCUUCGGAAGUGGGAAUGGUGCUCUGCGACGAGGGACACCGGCUGAAGAACAGUGAGAACCUCACUUACCAGUCCCUCAUGGGGCUGCAGACGAAGCGACGAGUGUUGCUGUCGGGAACGCCCAUCCAGAACGACCUCACAGAAUACUUCAGUUUGAUUCACUUCGUGAACCCAGGAAUGCUGGGCAGCACCGCUGAAUUUCGGCGACAGUACGAGAAUCCCAUUCUGCGGGGUCAGAACGCCGAUUCGACGGAUGAGGAGCGGAAAAAGGCCACCGAGCGUCUGGCAGAGCUGACCAACAUCGUGAAUCAGUGCAUGAUUCGACGCACCAGCUCGCUGCUCACAAAGUACCUGCCCGUGAAGUUCGAGAUGGUGAUCUGCGUGCGUCUUUCAGAUGUGCAGGUGGGCCUGUACAGGAACUUCCUCAAGUCUGACUCCAUCAGGAAGACGGUGCUUAAUAAAGACGAGGUGAAAGCCAACUUGACAGCGCUGUCCAGUAUCACGUCGCUGAAGAAGCUCUGCAAUCAUCCGGAUCUCGUGAAUGAGAAGAUCAAGGAGGGCGCCGAGGGAUUCGAGAACGCAGCACAAUUCCUACCGCCGGGCUACAGCAUGCGCGAUCUCCUGCCCGAGCUGAGUGGGAAGCUGAUGCUUCUGGAUUGUAUGCUGGCCAACAUCAAGAUGAGCAGCGACGACAAGGUGGUGCUCGUGUCCAAUUACACGCAGACGCUGGAUCUGUUUGAGAAGCUGUGCAGGAAGCGAGGCUACGGAUACGUGCGCCUGGACGGCACGAUGACCAUCAAGAAGCGCGGGAAAGUCGUGGAUGAGUUCAACAAGUGCGAUUCUGAGCAGUUCAUAUUCAUGCUGAGCUCCAAAGCGGGCGGCUGCGGAUUGAAUCUCAUCGGAGCCAAUCGCCUGGUAAUGUUCGAUCCCGAUUGGAAUCCCGCCAAUGACGAGCAAGCCAUGGCGAGAGUGUGGCGAGAUGGCCAAAAGAAGCCCUGCUUCAUCUAUCGACUCCUCGCCACGGGAACCAUCGAAGAGAAGAUCUUCCAGCGACAGACGCACAAGAAGGCUCUGUCCACCACCGUCGUGGACAACAAUGAGGACGCUGAGAGGCACUUCACGCAGGACGAUCUCCGUGAUCUGUUCAGACUGGACGAGAAGACGCUCUCCGACACUCACAGCAUCUUCAAGUGCAAAAGAUGCAUUAACAGCGUUCAAACGAAACUCCCGCCAGAAGAUUCAGAUUGUACAUCUGAUCUCUCCCAGUGGUUCCAUGCGUCCACGCCAAAGGGACUCCCUGACAACAUCCUCACAGAUUCCUGGGCAGUGACCAAGAAUGUCUCCUUCGUGUUUCACCAUCGCAGCAACACGACUGUGGAAAGUUCUCCUGCGGUGUCAGAGAAAGCCUGUGAUGAGAAGCAAAGCAAGAAGAAAUCCAAGAAGUAUGCAUCUGAUGAUGAGGAUUUCGAUCCACCUGAACAGGAUGAUGAUAAGGAUGAAGAUUUUGUUCUGUAGA